AUGGCAGAAAUUCACCAACAAAAAUUAUAUCGCGAGCAACUUAUUAAAGAAGCAUCGAAAAUACGUUUUCUGGCCAUAAGCACUAUUGCUUUAAGUACAGUGUCGCUAGCAAGUGUUGUUCUCGCUAUACCCUUUUUAUUUUUAAAAGUGCAAUCAACGCAAUCGGAAGCAAAAGUUGUAUUUUAA